CCUCCCAUUGGCCUUCCACAAGAGUAGACCUCGCCUUACUGGUCUUACUUGCCUAAAAGUAUGAGACAGAAAAAAAUAGUGAACCAGGACAGCAAGAAGACAACAGAUCACAAGCAAAAUUGUACCAGAAAAGGACCUUGCAAAAUCUAGCAGAAAAAUGGAUCCCAGUAAGUCUUCAAAUGUGCCUCUAACCAACUGGAAUUCGUCAGAGAAAGAGCCCGCACCACCACCAUACUAUGACAACCCAGGAUACACUAACCCUGAAUAUCCUCCACCAGCGGGUUAUCCGAACCCUUCUGGAUAUCCUGCUCAACAAUACGGAGCUCCAGGUGACCAGCCAUACGUGCAGGCCCCUUACACAGAACAGCCUAUGAUCAAUGUACAGCCGACAAUUUAUGUGGGCCCCACUCCUCUGGCCUAUCCACUGCCAGAUUACCUGUGUUACUCCAUUUUAACCAUGCUUUGCUGCUGUUUACCUUUAGGCGUUGCUGCUCUGGUUUACUCUAUCUCUACUCGAACUGCAAACAUGUCUGGACAUCAACAAUUAGCUGAGAAAAACUCCAGAAUGGCGCGCACCCUUAACCAAUCUGCUCUUUGUAUCGGCAUCACCAUCGUCCUGUUGUUCAUCAUCUUCAUCGCCUGCACACUUGCCUAUAUUCAAUAUCAUGCUAGGUGGCCAUAGAGGGCCACAGUGUGAGAUUUCCGAAUAUUUACCACUUUUUAUGAUUAACUUCAAUUGGUUCAGUUGAUAGAAUGAUUCAGCAUGUUUAUUCAGACUGACCAACUCAUCUCCAGGCUUUAAUUAUCCACUGAAUUAAAACAAAUGCUUUGAAUGUUUCCUGCAUUUUAACAGAAUAUAAGCGUUGUGGUAAAGUAUCAUAACAGAGACAUUUGUUGUUUUUAAAUACAUAUAUUGUAUUUAAACUUCAGGUGACCAAAAUGUAAACGCAUUUGCCAUUCACAGUACAUUCUCACUGAAUGUAACCACAUAGCUGGGUUAUUUUAUAGUCUCCUGUUAUACUAUCCUGUCCAAAAAAUAUAUCCUAGAAUUCUGUAUAGAUCAAUUAAUACAUCCUUAUUCAUAUCUGAGAUCAUCCUCAUAAUGUCCUUUAAUGAAAAUAAAAAAUCGUAAUGUGUUUUUCUGUUUUGUAAGUGUCAACUGAUUAAAAAAAUUACAAAUCUAAUAUUUAACAAUAA